AUGACCGUUCGCGAGUGGUUUGCGGGCCAGGAGGUCCUCCUGACAGGAGUUACAAGUGACAUAGGAAACGCGGUGCUUGAAAAACUGCUGAGAUCUUGUCCGGACAUAAAAGCUAUCAGCGUGAUUCUAAGGUCGAAGAAUCUUCGGAGUAGCGAAGACCGGAUAAAAGAUUUGCUCUCAUCACGCGGGUUCGAAAGAGUGAAACAAGAAUGUCCGGGAGCGAUUUCGCGGGUUCGGAUCUUCGAGGGAAAUCUGGUGUACGAAAAUUUGGGCCUUGACGACGAUCAACUGGCGCGUCUCCGAGGCUUGAACGUCGUGAUCCACGCGGGCGGUCCGCACGAAGAGCUUCUCGACUUUUGCUGCAAUUUGCCAGCCCUAAAAUCGGCGGCCGUCGCGACGAGCAUCUUCGGGAAUAGAGGACGGAUCACCGAGUCGGUUCUUAAUUCAAAACUCCCGGGGAUCCCGUUGGUCAUGAUCCGAUUUCCGGCCAUCGGACCGGCGGCGAAAGAACCGAUUCCUGGUUACACGAGCGUCCUGAAGGGGGCGACGGUUCUCAUGAUCGGCGCCGGAUACGCUCUCGGAAAUCCCGAUUCUCCCGCGGCGAUACUUCCGGUCGAUAUCGCGGCCAACACCCUCAUCGCCUCGGCAUGGGACAAAGGGACGAGAAGCUACGAGCGAGCGGCGACAGUCUUCAGCGUUCCAGCCCUCGGCUGCACUUGGAGAACCCUUAUCGAGAACGGGUGCAGGGCGAGUACAGAAUUCCCUUUUCCGUCCUUCGGCAUUCGAGGGAUGACGUCAAGGCCACGGAUGCAUUUUCUGGUCGUCCUGCUGCUCGAAUGGCUGCCCUCGUUCCUUUGCGACACGUUUUUGGUUGCGGUCGGGGGUAAACCGAGAAUGGUUAAGGAAUAUCAGCACAUGCGUUCAAUGCUAGAGACACUGGAGCCAGUCUUGUCAAAGUCUUGGACUAGCGACCAAAGAAAAAUCCGAGCGUUGAAUGAUCGAAUGACGGCGAUGGAUCGAGAGGAUUUUUACGUCCAGACAGACAUUGAUCUUGAAUCGUACGUCUUGUGCUCAAGCGCGAUGGCAACAAAGCUCUGCAUGAACAAGGCUAACCUGACGUUGAUAAGAAAUUUCAAGAUAGCCGCAAUGCUGGGACUGGCUGCUGUGCUAUACAUCCUCCUGUUCCUCUGAUAGUAACUGCGUCAAUGUCGACGCCACGGUCAGAUAAAAGCGUUAAUCCAAAGCCAGUGGCUGCCGGACGUCACUUGAAAAUUUUUUUGGCUCAUUGC